AUGCAUUUGCGAGAGCUAUUAGAUCGCAACCGGCCCAGAGUAGGAGUGAGAGCAACGGGGUGGCCAAGGGGUCAUGGGCGGGGGGGAGGUGCGCCUAGUGAGGAGACGGGGGGGCGUGAUGAGGAGACAGUGGCCGGGUUGUACUUCGUACCGAUACAUCAAACCAUUUUCGGCCUGUGGCACCAAGUCAACUUGUGGGGGGUUGGCGAUAUUUUUCUCUCCGUCAGGGGGCUCCCCAGUCUCGCGACAAGGAGCAGGCCUCUGCAUGCAUGGUGGGUAGGUAUCCUCCAUUCCGUCAUUGGGUGUCAAGCAGUUGCCGCCAUUGCUGCCGGCUGGUUGGUCGACGGAUACCCAAUAUGGUUGUAA